ACGUUUUCACAAACUGCUCGAUAAUGUUCAAUUUAUUAAGUUCAUAGGACCAGAAAAAAUAUAACUAAAAGCACCAGUUGUCGAAAACAUGUCGAACAACUACUUUAUUUAUUAAUAUAACCACACUGUACGUGGCAUUUUAUCUGCGUUUUUUCUUCUGUCACAUUUUGUACUGAAGCCUUGUCAACAACGAACUACAACACAGCCACAGCACACUAAAAUAACUGACAAACCAGGAUGCAAUUAAAUAACAUUUGAAGACCAUAGGGACAUCUGUUAUCUCUAACGAAAAGUAAUACUAUUACAAUAGAAGAAAUUGUAAGGAUAUUUAUAAAUAACAUACAAUUUACAAAGAAGUGUUCAUCUGGAAAUCACUUAUCGAUUGACAUAAUUAUUUAGUUUCCUACGUUACAAAAUUCGUUUUAGAUGCUACAGAAUAACUAAAACUACUUUUAGGUGCAUUUACCGUCACGGCAGGUGCUGCCACCACACAGGAAAGUCUAAUUUCAAAAACCGAAGCGAAUGAGUUCUGCUCUGCUUUUCGUUAUAUUAAAGGCCACGGAGUGACCACUUACGAAUUUCGACGAGUUUGUGCGACUUCAACCGAACCUUUCAUUCCUAAGUAUUCUUGGGUUGCUCGAGUGUUUCCAACCAGCCCGAAAAUCUUUAGUUGAUACGUCGCGCGCUAUUUUCCGAAUUUCAAGUGAUGUCCAGUUCUCAUAUGUUGCGUUGACAGUUGAUUGUUGUAUGAGAGAAGUGCGUGCGUGUUUGAAAUGGCUCUAAAAUGUCGAGAAGAAGUUGUCGGAAAACGUUUUUUGUCUGUGAGUGGAUGUACGAAAUUAAAAAUAGACAAAAUUCGUGAGUGGGGGUGGAGGUCGGGUGUAAUACGUGCCGCCAGUCACAGGGAUAACACUAACAAAGAUCUACAGGUUUUGGUGGAAUAUGAUGGCGUAGAAUGGAAACGCAGAGAAUGGAUAAGUGUGUACGGCACCUCGUUUAAAUUGUUUUUCGUAGAACAAGACCUGCUAUGGUUUCAAAGGGAGGUGCCUUUCUCAUACGACACCCUCCAAGAAAAUUCCGAUAACGCAACCUCCACCUCCGUCGUUUCAUGGCCCGUCAUUACAUUCACUUCUUUAAUUUCGUCUGUUGUUCUGCCUUCUCAUCUCUAUCCCGCUGAAUGCCUCGUGGAUCGAGAGCUUGUGUUCAUUGAUUACGAUAAAUUGGAAACUAAGCCAUUGCAGGAAAUACCAAUUAACAAGGAAUGUUUGGAAGCGAGGACUGCAGUUAAGCGAUGGCAUGAACAACAAGAUGGUCAGAAAAUUCUUCUUACCACCCCAAGUGUCUUAGUAGGCUAUCGCGUUGAAGUUUACAGAUCUCAGGGAACCACACAGUGGUAUACUGCCGUCAUAAUCGGUUACAACGAAACUACAAGGGACCUGACAGUGACAGACGACACAGUGCUCGAAGAGCACAAUGUCGACCCAACCCUCGUACAAAUGCGUCUCAUAGGAGAUGGGGUGGUGGAGUCUAUAAUGCGAGGCGAGAACGUGGGUAUCACCCCCCGAAGGUCACGAUCUACCGCCGUGCUCCAGGCACAACAACACCACCACCACCAUAAUAAUCGUCAGCAACAGCACCUGCCCAUUACGGCCGAGUUUCUUAUGGCUCUUGUUGAAUUUAUGUAA